CACACACACAUGUCUUCAUAGACAAUGAAACUCACAAUGGCAUCCUCCACCUCCUUACUCUAUCUUCUUACCGGCCUUCUUGCUCUGGCCUCAUGGCACGCCACUGCAUAUGAUCCUAGCCCUCUUCAAGACUUCUGCAUCGCUGAUAUGAAGUCCCCAGCACGAGUAAAUGGAUUUGCGUGCAAGGACCCAAUGGCUGCAACCUCAGACGACUUCUUCAACCCGGCCAUGCUGGAUAAGGCUAGGGAUACAAAGGCCAGCAAGGUCAGGUCCAACGUCACCAACAUCAAUGUCAUAAAUUUCCCUGGCCUCAACACCCUGGGUAUCUCGCUAGCACGCAUCGAUUAUGGACCACUAGGGGUGAACACGCCACACAUACACCCCCGUGCCACUGAACUCCUGACCGUGCUUGAGGGAACACUCUACCUUGGGUUUGUCACAUCCAACCCAAACAGGCUCUUCUCCAAGAUAGUUACAAAGGGUGAUGUAUUCGUAUUCCCAAAAGCAAUGAUCCACUUCCAAAUGAACCUAGCACAUGACAAGCCAGCAGCCGCGUUAUCCUCGCUCAGCAGCCAAAACCCUGGGGUUAUUUCUAUUGCCAAUGCAGUGUUUGGCUCAAAUCCACCAAUUUCAGAUGAUGUUCUCGCCACGGCGUUUCAGGUGGAGAAGGAUCUAAUACACUGGCUCCAAUCUCAGUUCUGGGAGAACAACAACUACUAAAUAUUAUCUGUUAUUUGCACCUAUUGGAAAGUUAAUAUGGGACACUCUAUAGAAUAAAUGGCAUGUAAUUCAUAUUUAUGCAUGCCUGCGAGCUGCGAGUUUUUCUUUUCUUUCUGAACCGUGACAAGACAUACUUUUCGUCGGAUUCAUGUCAUAAUCUGUUGGUGAUGUUUGUUUCUCAUUGUUUAAUAAAUGUAAUAUGGAUGUGCUCCCUUCCCUCGUC